AUGGCUGAAGACACUGUCCCCGUCGAGGAGCGCGCCGAGAAGCCUACUGACUCCGAGACCGUGACUACCGAGCAGCCGGAACCCGCAGCUGCGACAGAGAAGCCCGAAGCUCAGGCAGAGAAGCCCGCUUCUGAGAAGCCAGAGGCGGAGGCCAAGCCCGAGGGCGAUGCUACUGAAGCUCCUCCCGCCCAAGCGGAGGAUGCGCCUGCGCCUGAGGUCAACGGAACUCCCGCUUCCGCUCAGAAAUCCUCCAAGAACCGCCGCGUCUCCACCGGCACCCCCAAGCUAAACCGGAAGAAGUCCCAGAGUCGCAUCACCCACCUGGACGCGAAGCCGGGCCAAUAUUUCCUGGCGCGUUUGCGCAGCUUUGCGCCCUGGCCCGCGAUCAUCUGUGACGAUGAGAUCCUCCCAGAGGCCUUCCAAGAGGCUCGUCCGGUGACCGCCAUGCAAAAGGACGGAUCCUACAAGGGCGAGUACGCCGAUGGAGGCCGCCGCACCCACGAGCGCACUUUCCCCGUGAUGUUCUUCGAGUCCAAUGAGUUCGCGUGGAUUGUCAACACAAAUCUGACCCCCCUGGACCCCGCGGAAUGUAAAGACAUCUCCGAAAAGAACAAAACCAAGCGCUUGAUCAAUGCCUACAAGGUUGCAUCUGAGGCCCAUGACCUCAAGUACUUCAAGAAGCUUCUGAGUGACCACCAGGCUGCCAUUGAGCAGGAAGAGGCUGAGGCCGAGGCCAUGGAAGCCGAGAAGGAGGCCGAGAAGGAGGCCGCCAAGACUGCUAAGGAGGCGAAGAAGGGCAAGCGCAAGUCCAAGGCGGCUGACACCGAUGUCGAGAUGGAAGAUGCCGACGACUCCAAGAAGACGAAGUCCGCUUCCAAGAAGCGCAAGAAGGACGCCGAUACCGACGGGGAGGCCGAAAAGCCUGCCAAAACCCCCAAGAGCAACACGAAGUUGAAAUUGACCACCCCGAAGGCACCCGCAGAGGAGAAAAAGACCCCUGUUAGCAAGCGAAAGGCACCCGCCAAGAGGGGCAAGGCCGCCGCGGCCAGCGACGAUGAUACCAGCGCCGAUGCCAAGGAAUCCGAGAAGCCCGUUGACCCUGAGGAACUCAAGAAGAAGAAGGAGAAAGAGAGUAUGCUUUCCCCCCUCUCCAAUCCCCCCGAUGACCCCCAGGACGACCCGGAUCGCUUAUACCUCUCAGUUCUUUUCCUUCGUCACAAGCUCCAGAAGGGUUUCAUUUCCCGUGAAACACCCCCCGCGGAAGAUGAAAUGGCCAGCAUGGCCACGUACUUUGAUAAGCUCGAGAAGCACGCUGAUCUGGAAGUCUCCAUCAUCCGAUCAACCAAGAUCAACAAGGUCCUGAAGAUGAUCGUGAAACUCAACACCAUUCCCCGCGACGAAGAGUUCAACAUCCGCUCCCGCGCCAUGAACAUCUUGUCCAGCUGGAAGAAUGUUCUGGAUGCGGAUACCCCUGGCCCUGCUGACAAGAGUGACAAGCCCGCCGCGAAUGGAUCCAAGGAGGAUGACGGUGCCGAGACACCCAAGCUCGAGACGGAGGAAGAGAAGGAGCCCGAGUCUAAGUCGGUCAAGGAUGAGGUCGACUCACCAAUGCCCGACGCCGACGCCGAGAAGGCCCCAGAGCCCGAGAAGGAAGCUGAUGGUGAGAAGCCGGCCGAGCCAUCGACAGAGGACACCGAGAAGCCUACUGAGCCUACUGCGCCCGAGGAGAAACCGGCCGAGGAGUCGGUCGAAGAGAAGGCCGAAGCCACUGCUUAA